UAAAAAGAUGAAGAAAAAGGUUAUUUUGGUCAGAGAGGAGGGGGAUGCAGCUACUUAUAAAAAACCUGACAAUAGUAUCAAAGAGAUAUUUUCACUCGGCCUCUGCAUUGCGCUUGUUGUUGCAGUUAGGGUUUUCUAUACUACAGAACGUCCUGACUUUUUCUGUACAGGCAGGAUGAGACCAAUUUUCUGUGGUAACUUUGAGUUUGACACCAGACAGUCUGAGUUGGAAAGGCUUUUCAAAAGAUAUGGCAAGGUUGAUAGGGUGGAUAUGAAAUCUGGUUUUGCUUUUGUUUAUAUGGAUGAUGAAAGAGAUGCAGAGGACGCUAUUCAGGGGCUUGACNAAUUAUGCUGUGUUUUUAUUGCUUUGCUGCAGGAAGAACGGAGCAGAAAGCCUGAGGUUUCUAGAAAAUCUUCAUCAAGUUUCAGAGUUUCCAAGACUUUGUUUGUCAUAAAUUUUGAUCCAUAUAAUACUAGGACGAAGGAUCUGGAGAGGCACUUUGAUCCACAUGGAAAAAUACUCAACAUAAGGAUCCGAAGGAAUUUUGCAUUUAUUCAAUUUGAAUCACAGGAGGAUGCCACUAGAGCCCUGGAUGCUACCAAUAUGAGUAAGCUGAUGGAUCGAGUUAUUACUGUGGAGUAUGCGAUCAAAGAUGAUGAUGAUAGGAGAGAUGGGUCCGGUCCAGGUAAAACCCAUGAUAGAUCACCUAGGAGAGGUUAUGACCGAGGUCGAUCUCGUAGCCCUUAUGGAAGAGAUCGGCCAAGUCCUGACUAUGGCCGUGGUCGAGAUCGGCCAAGUCCUGACUAUGGUCGUGGGAGAGAUCGGCUAAGUCCUGACUAUGGUCGUGGUAGAAAUCGGCUAAGUCCUGACUAUGGUCGUGGCAGAGAUCGGCUAAAUCCUGAUUAUGGUCGUGGCCCUAGUCCAAGUCCAAAGCAUAGAGAAAGGAAUUCUGAGAAUGCCCGUGGCCAUAGUCCAGCUGUAGGAAAGGAGAGAAAUCCUGGUCAUGGGAAUGGUCGCACCCCUAGCCCUCGUAGAGAAAGAGCUGGUCCAGGAAAUGGCCUCGUGAGCAGUCCUAUGGAAAGCAGAAGUCCUGGUUAUGGUGAUAGACCCAGUCCUAGUCCUCAACGUGAGAGGAGAAAGAAAUAUAGCCCGGAUGGUUAUAAUCCUGGCAGCAGCCCAAGUUCUAAACCGGGACCUGUAGAAAGUCCUGUACGUGAUGGGAGGGAAAGUUCAGAGCGAUACAGGAGUCGUUCACCUCCAUUGCGGGAAAGAUCACGCUCCUAAUUUGCUUGAAGCUGUUUUGAUCCUUGGAGUAACGGUUAUGUUGAAAAUGGUGCUUGUAGAAUUAGACCUUGAAGUUGCUGGAGCAUCAAAGUUGGAUGUGGCUUUGGUAACCACUGUAAUGUACCUUCGGAAAAUGGCUUUGUUCGUGGAAGUGAUUUAGAACUGCUUCCAUGUAUUUUGACUGUUAACAUCAUACUCCGUUUCUAUUUGAUAAUGAACCAGUAAGAGGUCAUUCUUUGUUUGGUUAUUUCA